AUGUCAUUUCCAUCAGCAAUGAACACGGUGGUUCAUAAUCCACAGCUCCGUCUGCUCAAUGCUCUGCGGGCAAAUGCUAAGCCUAUUAUGACCUUUCUGGGCUUGCCAUCUUUUCGUGCGGCGCAGAUUGUCGCGCAGACUGGCGUUGAUGGUAUAAUCAUUGAUUGUGAACAUGGUCACAUUAGCGAUGAUUCAAUGCAUAGUGCAACCGCCGCGAUCGCUGCUUUAGGAGUGUCGCCCCUUGUUCGUCUCAGAAUGACUCACGCUGAUUUGAUCAAAAGAGCCCUGGAUGCUGGUGCGCAUGGUAUUGUUGUACCACAAAUCAAUACUGCCGAUGAAGCCCGGGAUGUUGUCUCGUAUGCUAAGUUCCCUCCACAGGGUGCCCGAGGACAAGGAUCGGCCUUUCCAGCAAUCGCCCACGGCAUCGAUCUACCAACGUAUAUCAAGACAGCCAAUCAGACGCUUAUUACCUGUCUGCAAAUUGAGUCGAAAGCUGGAGUUGAGAACGUCGAAUCUAUCUGUGCUGUAUCUGGUGUCGAUAUGAUCUUCAUUGGUCCUAAUGAUCUUGCCUUAUCUAUUCUAGGCUACGUUCCAGCCAGAGGUGAUGAACCUGAUUUUGUUGAGGCUAUCGAGAAGAUCGUCGCUGCGGCCAGAAAGCAUGGUAAAUGGGUUUCCCGUUUAUCGAAUACUGGAGCCUUAUGCAAGGAGCACUUGAAGACUUUUGACAGUGUGGCCUUGAGUUAUGAUGUUCGUGCGAUUCAGAAUUGGUACACGGUAGAGUUGCAAGCCGCACGCUCAUAA